UGCCUGGAGAAAGAAUUUCAAUGUAAAAGUGGUGAGUGUGUCAGUCAGUCAUUGGUGUGUAAUGGUAAACAGGAUUGUCACGAUUCUACUGAUGAACAUAACUGUACAGUCUGUCGAGGGUUUGUGUGUACCAGUGGUCUAUGUCUACCAAGUCCUUUUUCUAAAUGUGAUGGAAAAUUUGACUGUUCAGAUUUCUCUGAUGAAAUGAAUUGUGGGUAUAAACUAUGUACCAAUGGUGUACAGAUACAGAGUAAUAAAUUCUGUGAUAAGGUAGAUGAUUGCGGUGAUAACAGUGAUGAGAUCAACUGUAAGUGUUCAGGAAAUAGGUAUACUUGUCCAGACGGUCAAUGUAUAAUGAGAAGUUGGAUGUGUGAUGGUCAUCCAGACUGUUCUGAUGGUUCUGAUGAAGACAAUUGCAGUAAGUAUGAGAUUGUUAUUACUGUAAGGCAUAUAUGUGAUACCAACCAAUUUCAAUGUACAGACUAUACCUGCCGAAACUUGACAACAGUGUGCGAUGGUAGCUAUGAUUGUCCAGAUGGAAGUGAUGAGGCUAAGUGUGGUAAGUCAUUGUCUUUCAAAAAACCAACAAAUAUGAGUGUCAGAUUGGACCCACAUUUAAGUAAUCUUCUCAGGUUUUUACCGAUCUUAUCUUCUUAG